AUCAAUUAAACAAGACACGUUGAAGUCUGAUAAAAUAAGCAAGCUGUGGCGAUGUGCGAGACUGAGGCGCUUCUACUAACCAAUCACGGUAUGAAGGAGCCGCAGUUGCUCCUCUCAUGUUUAUCUCUGCUCUGGAGCUUGGCUGAUCCCCUACGAAGACGCGUUCAAUCUUCUCUACGAAAAUAAACCACGUCUGGUAAGGUACUGUUAUAGCAAAUGGCAUGCAAAUACGCGUAACAUUAUAGUCUGUCACAGUCAUAAUCAAAGGCUUGAGUUUGAGCGGAUUCAGUCAUUUGGUCCCACUGAAUCGGACAAGUGUUCCUUCAGUUUAUUCACUUCAGAGGAUCGGCUUCAAAGACACGCUGUUAAAUCAGUGUUCAUGCCGGACUUUGAGCAUUUCAGAUUUUCCUACUCCAGAAUGAAUCCUGUGUUGGGGGAGAAUGUGUAUCCGUUCCAGCAGAACCAGGUGACGGGCUUCGCGGACUCCGCGUCGUCGGGCCACUGGACCGAUCCAGCGGGCCUUUUUUUAAGCGAACAGACGAGUGGCAUCGGGCAAGAUGGGUUGGACAUAGGCGCUUUACCCCCUCCGGGAACACCGUAUCUGCACCUGGGUAACUAUCUCCACCGGGUGUCUCCACCUCCUCCUGGCGCCGCGGCCCUGCGAAACGACCUGGGAUCCAACAUCAGCGUCCUCAAAACUCUAAAUUUGCGCUUUCGCUGCUUUUUAGCCAAAGUACAUGAACUGGAACGCAGCAAUAAAGUAUUGGAAAAGCAACUGCAACAGGCAUUGGAUGAGAGCGCGAAGUGUGUGGAAAAUAAGACUUUAACGCGAGAUAUUGGAGUGCAAACCGGCUUCGUUGGUUUGAUUCCUAUCAGGCCCGACUUGAUACCCCUUCAGAACGCGAACGACACCGCAUAUCUGUCCGGAGCCUUGCUGUCACCGACUCUCAAUAACACCAUCCUCCCUCUCGAGUCCAGUAACAGGACAACAGUAGAAAACCUGAACCCAUCCAAUCUGACGGACUCUAACUCUAAUCUUACUCCAAAUUUCCCCAUCAGCACGAUUGAUCCUGCUCCAAAAACAUUCAGCAAUAUUAACGGGAAGUAUGUCAAUACUGGUAUCGGCUGUACCAGCAACCCUCCACCCAGAUUUCAUCCUGGCACUGUGUGGUCGUAUAAUCAGAGGUUCAGCAGCGGGCGUGAGACGCGGGUCUCGGGGCCAGGUGUGUUGCCAUGGGUGCCUCCAGACGGAGUGGGUGUCCAGAUCGACACAAUCACCCCAGAGAUUCGGGCCCUGUACAAUGUGCUGGCCAAGGUAAAGAGGGAGAGAGACGAAUACAAACGGAGAUGGGAAGAUGAAUACACAGUGCGGGUGGAUCUACAGGACAAGGUUGCAGAGCUUGAAGAGGACCUGCAGGAAAGCGAGGUGUGUCAGGAUGAACUUACUCUGAGGGUUAAGCAGCUUAAAGCAGAGCUGGUUCUGUUCAAAGGCCUCAUGAGCAAUAAUCACUCUGAUUUGGACAGUAAAAUCCAGGAGAAGGCCAUGAAAGUGGACAUGGAUAUCUGUCGCAGGAUUGACAUCACGGCUCGUCUGUGUGAUGUAGCCCAACAGAGAAAUUGCGAAGACAUGAUUCAAAUCUUCCAGCAAGUAGCCACACCUCCAUCAACCUUGACCCGCCGUCUUCGAAAACCAGCGUCGCAGACAUUCAAGGGGAACGAGAGUGAUGAACCAGUAAGCAUCUCUGAAAGUGAGGAGAGCGGGAAUAAGGAGAUCAAUGAGGAGAUGCAGAGGAUGCUUAACCAACUGCGUGAGUGUGAGUUUGACGAUGACUGCGACAGUCUUGCGUGGGAAGAGACGGAGGAAACUCUAUUACUCUGGGAAGAUUUUCCAGGAUGCACCUUAAGUGUUGAGAACCAAGGAGAUCAGGAGGAGUCCAUAGAGAAAGUAAUAAAGGACACAGAGUCCCUUUUCAAGUCCCGUGAAAAGGAGUAUCAAGACACCAUUGACCAAAUUGAGUUGGAGUUGGCAACUGCUAAGUCGGAUAUGAACAGGCAUUUGCAUGAAUAUAUGGAGAUAUGCAGCAUGAAAAGAGGCCUGGAUGUUCAGAUGGAGACCUGCAGACGGUUAAUCACUCAGAGUGGAGACAGAAAAUCCCCGCUUCUUAUUUCGGUUGCUGUGGAGGAGGGAGAGAAUGCGGAGAAGGAGAGGAAAAAAGCAACUGCGGCAAAUUCUGACAGCACUGAACCGUAUUGUGACACGCAGACGAACUCCGCUGUCCCGGACCACACAUGGAAAAAGGCUUAGGAGCGUUUAUGUACCUCCAGCACCACAGAAAUAGCUGCAAUUAUAAACAUAAGGUAGUGAUAAUUUCAUAAUAGAGACUGUGAUGCUGCAGCAAGACUCCAAAUUAAACGGGUUAUAGUUUCCUUCUGAAAGGCAAGUAACCUUGUGUAGUUUCACUAGUGCCCUCUAUUGGCAUGCACAAUCAAUGGUCCAAAAAAAAAAAAAAAACAUUUCCACAUCCAGCAUGUAGCACCAUAUUAAUUCUGGCCAAAAAUAUGAGGGUGGAUGUGAUAUCACUCUUUCUAGAUUACAUAAUUUUAUUUACAGUUUAUUUGUAUGCAGAUAAACACCUGGGUCAUUCGUGUUAUGUAGUACCUUUUGAACUCUGUAAUUUGUCAUUUAAGGAAGAUAUUUAAAUGAGGACUUUAAGGAAUAUGUUCUAUUAAAAAAAAGGCACUUCAUUAAUUCUAACUUUAUUAUUUACACAGUGUCGAGAAAAUUAACAAGAUGAAGAGCUGAAAUGAAGAAUUGAGAGUUAGCUUACAUUAUGUUAAAUUCUUUUUUUAAUAAUAAUUUUGAUUCAUAUUACAA